UUUCUCUCUGGCUUUCGUCUUCGUCUCGGGCUCCGCUAUCGUACUCUGUACUACUAAUUGCCCCGCAGGUACUAUUCGAACAAAGGGUAAUCUAGAAGAGGCGAAGACAAACCAUGGCUGGCGACGAGCUCGUCGACGAUUUUGUGCCGGACGACCUUGUAGCGCUCUCAGGAGACGAAGUCGACCUUGUGGAUGACGACGCGGAGGUUGGCGGUCCGAGCCCUGACGAAAGCGAGAACGAGGCAGAGAAGAGGAAAGCGGAGGAAAAGAAGAGGAAGCGAAGUGCGAAGGAGAAGGAGCGGAAGGCCAAGAAACGCAAACUAAAGCAGGCGGAAGAACCCUCCGACGACGGAACCUCCAUAGCCGCCCGUCCGCCCUCUGCACUAGCCACAUACAUUGCCGCUGCGCAGGCAAAGACUUUCUCUGAGAUGUCCGAGCUUGAGCUCGAAGACCUGCGUGUACCGGAAAGCGCGAUCGCCGACACGACCGCAUGGACCGGCCCGCGGACGCUGGAUCAGCUCCCGGAAUUCAUCAUCAAAAUGUUACCCAGAUUACACACUCGACUCGCUCAAAAACCUAAACGUCACGGGGCGCCCACGCUCCUUUUCCUGUCCGGCGCUGCGCUGCGCGUGGCGGACGCGACGCGGGUGCUGAAGGACAAGCGGCUACGCGGGGAUCCUGAGAAGGGCAAGGCAGGGGAGGUGGCGAAGCUGUUCGCGAAGCACAUACGGUUCGAGGAGCAUGUGAGCUACUUGAAGAGGGCGAGCGUGGCGGCGGCGGCAGGGACCCCGGGUCGGGUGGGCAAGUUGUUGAUGGAAAGUGAUGCGCUCUCGGUCACAGCGCUGACGCAUAUUAUCCUCGACGUAACUCACACGGACCUGAAGAAGCGGUCGUUGUUGAGUAUACCGGAGACGAGAGACGAGGUGUUCAAGACGGUGCUAGGGGCGCCGGAGGUGCUGCAGGGGAUCAAGGAGGGCAAGAUCCAGGUGGUGCUCUUCUAAGCCCCAGACCCUUGGUUGAUUUGCGUUCCCAAUCGACGUGCUGGUAAUGCCGUUCGAGGAUAGUGUAUAAUGCUGCUAUGCCAACUAAU